CAAAGCAACAGGGAAGGAAAAAUAGAAGCAAAACAGAAAAGCAACUUUUUGUCCUUCCCUUUUAUUGGGAUUAUUUAAAGGGUCUUUAGGCUUUAACAGUAAUCAGUUAUGAAAUUCAUUUGAGACGAAAAGUUAACGGCAUGCCCACAAUGGGGUUCUCCUUGAUUGAUUAGGCUGGUAGGCCCCACAAUUUUUCGUAGCCUUCACUCACAAACUUGUGAGGCAGUGUCCGUGUGUAUAUAUAUAUCGAAGAGGUUCUGGUCCUUUGGCUUCCCAAGCAGAGUCUCCAACUUUCACUCCCACUGCAAGCACAGCACCUAUUUCUUUCUCCGUCUCCUGGUUGAUUGUUGUAUUGGAUUGGAAGUCUGAAGAAUCUAUGGAAAACUUGCAGAAGAUCAAUGCAGGAAACCACUCUGAGAAGGCAACAAACAAGGGAUGCGUUUCCACCGAAGAUGAGAACAUCAUAAUAAACCCCCAGUUCGAUGAUGGCCUGAACAAUUGGUCUGGAAGAGGCUGCAAGAUUGCAUUACAUGAUUCCAUGGCAGAUGGGAAAAUUCUUCCAAAGUCUGGUAAAUUCUUUGCAUCUACAACAGAACGCACACAAAGUUGGAAUGGAAUUAAGCAGGAGAUCACUGGAAGAGUGCAGCGCAAGCUUGCCUAUGAGGUUACUGCUGUAGUUCGGAUAUUUGGGAACAAUGUUACCACUUCUGAUGUAAGGGCUACUUUGUGGGUUCAAGCACCAGAUCUUCGAGAGCAGUAUAUAGGCAUUGCCAAUGUGCAGGCAACAGAUAAAGAUUGGGUUCAAAUGCAGGGAAAGUUCCUUCUAAAUGGUUCCCCAUCAAAAGUUGUGGUGUAUUUAGAAGGUCCCCCUGCAGGCACUGACAUUCUUGUCAAUACUUUGGUUAUAAAGCAUGCAGCUAAAACACCACCUUCAACACCCCCGGAUUGUGAGGGUGCUGCUUUUGGUGUUAACAUAGUUGAAAACAGUAAUAUGGCCAAUGGCACCAAUGGAUGGUUUCCUCUUGGUAAUUGUAAUUUGAGCGUUGGAACUGGUUCACCACGUAUAAUUCCCCCAAUGGCAAGAGACUCUCUUGGGCCUCAUGAAUCCUUAAGUGGGCGCCACAUCCUUGUAACCAAUCGCACACAAACAUGGAUGGGACCUGCUCAGAUGAUCACUGAGAAAUUGAAACUCUUUCUAACUUACCAAGUAUCUGCUUGGGUUCGAAUUGGUUCUGGAUCAACUGGGCCUCAGAAUGUGAAUGUUGCCCUUAGCGUUGACAACCAGUGGGUCAACGGGGGACAAGUUGAGGUUGCUGAUGACAGGUGGCAUGAAAUUGGUGGGUCCUUUAGAAUUGAAAAGCAACCAUCUAAGGUUAUGGUUUAUAUUCAAGGUCCUGCUUCUGGUGUUGACUUGAUGAUUGCUGGACUCCAAAUUUUUGCUGUUGAUAGAUAUGCAAGGUUUAAAUAUUUAAGGAGACAGACAGACAAGAUUCGUAAGCGUGAUAUUAUCCUAAAAUUCUCUGGGUUAGACUCAAUUGGAAAUCUUGGAACCUUGGUGAGAGUUAGACAAAUACAAAACGAUUUUCCAAUUGGAUCGUGCAUUAGUAGAAGCAACAUUGACAAUGAAGACUUUGUCGACUUCUUUGUAAAACAUUUUAACUGGGCUGUGUUUGGGAAUGAGUUGAAGUGGUAUUGGACUGAGCCACAACAAGGGAAUUUGAAUUACAAGGAUGCAGAUGAAAUGUUAGACUUAUGCCAAAAGAACAAGAUAGACACCCGAGGUCAUUGUAUCUUCUGGGAUGUGGACGGCACCGUUCAGCAAUGGAUCAAAUCACUAAACAAAACUGAUUUGAUGAAAGCUGUGCAAAACCGCUUAAAUGGCUUAUUGACUCGCUACAAGGGCAAGUUCAAGCACUACGAUGUUAACAAUGAAAUGUUGCAUGGUUCGUUUUAUCAGGAUAGGCUAGGAAAGGAUAUAAGGGCAAACAUGUUCAAGACUGCACAUCAGCUAGAUCCAUCUGCUACCCUUUUUGUGAAUGACUAUCAUGUUGAAGAUGGAUGUGACACGAGAUCAUCCCCAGAAAAGUACAUUCAACAUAUUCUUGAUUUGCAAGGACAAGGUGCCCCAGUUGGGGGAAUAGGAAUUCAAGGUCACAUAGAUAGUCCUGUGGGGCCUAUAGUUUGUUCUGCCCUUGAUAAAUUGGGCACUCUUGGAAUACCAAUAUGGUUUACUGAGCUUGAUGUGUCUUCCACAAAUGAAUAUGUGAGAGCUGAUGAUCUAGAAGUUAUGUUGAGGGAAGCUUUGGCACACCCUGCCAUAGAUGGUGUCAUGCUAUGGGGAUUUUGGGAGUUGUUUAUGAGCAGGGAAAAUGCACACUUGGUGAAUGCAGAAGGGGAACUCAAUGAAGCUGGGAAAAGAUACCUUGCUCUCAAACAAGAGUGGUUGUCUCAUAGCCAUGGUUAUGUUGACGAGGAAGGGCUAUUCAGCUUCAGAGGCUUCAGUGGAACAUAUAACGUGGAAGUUGUGACCUUAACACAGAAAGUUUCCAAGACAUUCGUUGUUGACAAGGGUGACUCGCCACUGGUUCUAACAAUCGAUUUAUAAGGUCCUGAUUCACCCUGGCAUUAGUGUUUCUUGGUUGUGUUCUCAUGCACUCGUGGUUUUAAACAUUUAUUUUAUUCUUUGUGCGGUUUGCUGAAUACAAAGGUUGGUUAUGUAUUGUUAUGAUUGCUCGCUGUCGCUGGAUACUACCAUUCUGGAAAAAAAAAUAAAAUAAAUUUACUGAUUUUGUUCCUAAACUAGU